GUUCGCCACCUCCUUUGCUCUCGCCUCGCGCGCGCUCCCCCCCGCGCAUCGUGCCGUUCGCCACCGCACCGCGCCGAUGGAGGUCGCCGCCGUGCCCAGAUCCGCCGCGGCCUGCCGUGCGGCGCCCCUGCUCCCGGCCGUCCGAGCCGCUGCGUGCCACCUGGCCCUGCCCCGGCGCGCGUUCUCCGCAUCCGUCGCGGCGGCACCGGCGCCGCGCCGCCUCGCCGCUCGUCGCGCUGCGGAUGGUGACAGCGUGGAGACGGCGCCGGAGGCGGUCCCCAUUGAGAAAAGGUUCCCUCCCUUCCCGAGCGUCAUGGACAUCAACCAGAUCCGCGAGAUCCUCCCCCACAGGUGAGUGCCGGAAGCUUGAUUCCUCGUCCUUGGGGUUGCUCAAACAUGUUUGGCAUUGCAAUCCCACGACACAACUCAGGUUGAUGCAACAGCUUGAAAAUAUUUGACAUUUUGACCAUGCAAUUCCUUUGCAAAUAUGAGUAUACACUGCUUUUAACUCUGUUGUUCCACACUCACACCUCUAGAUCCCAGCAGUUGUAGUCAUGUAAAGGACUAGCGGCCCGUGUUCAUAGAGCAUACGUCUACACGUUGUUAAUGUUAAGAGGCUAUCCCAGGUUUGGAGUUGAAGCAUUGACAUAAUGAGAACAGUUUAGCAGUUUUGUCUCCUUGUGAGCUGAUGUAGAGUCAGUUUGUUUCUAAACAAUGGAAAGAAACAAUCAGAAAAUGUGAUGACAGACAAGGUGGAUAGUUGAUGUAAACCUGAAAUCUAAUGCAACUUCAGUCGACUGCUUACUCAAAAGUCCAAAGAAGAGUUUUGAUACAAAACCCAAAGGCUUCUGCAAUUUCACUACUGUCUUAGCUGUGGAGGCUGCUGGAGUCACCACGAUUCCAUCUCCAUAUCAACCCCUGAUACAUAGUACUUUAGCCUGCAUUUCUUUAUGGAUUCCAGAUAUUUGAUCUGUUUUCUUGUGCUAUAUGCAACUGUACCCUGGAUCUCAUAUAUAUCUGUGACAAGUUUUACUUGCUACUGAAAAGGAUGCUGUCCAAAAUGGAAAUCAAGUAGCAUGCCUCAUUGAUUUCAUGAUGUGUUGUGCUCUAGAGAUCGAUAAGCAUUAUCAUUUAAAUAACCAUGCACCUGUUUAAAACUAUUUAAUACCUAUGCAUGUGGGUAUGCAUGUUAGGUUCCCAUUCCUUUUGGUUGAUAGAGUAAUUGAAUACAAGGCUGGAGAAUAUGCAGUGGGGAUCAAGAAUGUUACAAUAAAUGAUAAUUUCUUCCCAGGACAUUUUCCUGAACGCCCCAUAAUGCCCGGUGUCCUCAUGGUCGAGGCUAUGGCCCAGGUUGGGGGUCUGGUGAUGCUGCAACCUGAAGUUGGUGGAUCUCGAGACAACUUCUUUUUCGCCGGGAUUGACAAAGUUAGGUUCAGGAAGCCAGUGAUUGCUGGCGAUACACUGAUCAUGAGGAUGACACUGACUAAGUAUCAGAAGAGGUUUGGACUCGCCAAGAUGGAAGGAAAAGCUUAUGUUGGUGGUGACCUAGUUUGUGAAGGGGAGUUCCUCCUAGUCAGCGCAACCGAGUAGUGCAAAGACACUUCAUGAUUCUCUGGGAAGAAUCAUUGGUUGGAAUCAGAUCUGGUUGGAUGUUUGAAAGAACCGAGUUUUGAACUAAUUAUACAAUCGGCAGUUGAGGCGAUCCUUUACCUGUUCUUAAGCAUGUUGUUGAGUCCAUGUGGUGAUUUCUAUCGGUUACCAAGGGCCCAAGGCUGAAUCCACGCCAUGUUAUGUUGCAAUUGAGGAUUACAAUAUAUUGGGUAAUUGUUUGAUGGAAUAAACGAUAAUGCUUUUGUAGUUUCUUGCCU